AGAGAGAGAGAGAGAGAGAGAGAUGCAGAUGGAAAGGGUUAAUGCAGAGGUGCAUUAGAGAUGCAUGGUCAGAGCAGAGGGGAGGAGGCUUUCUGCACUGAGACAUUGUCAUGCAAACAGAGACCACCGCCUCGCCAUUGUCUCCCGGACAGCAACUUUAUUAUAAACACGCCGAGAACCGCCCGGGCGCAGCAGAGCACCGGCACACGGGCACCGGACGCACACACGGCCGCUUGAGAGACUCUGGAUACUGCGCGUGGAGAAACUGUUACCGAGAAAAAAAAGAUCUACUGAUAAGGACUCGAGAAGAGCACUGGACACAUAACGGACACCAGGAGAUCUUUCCUCAUUACCUGCGCGUCAUUCUGCCGGUGGUUCCAUCGCGUAACUGCACCGCUGACAGCAGCCCGAAUCCGGAGCACCUGCGUCUCCAUCCGCCCUCCACAUGUACAAAAUGGAUUACUCGUAUCUGAACACGUAUGACUCGUGCAUGGCGGCGAUGGAGGCGUCGGCGUACGCGGACUUUAACUCGUGCAGUCAGGCCAACACCUUCCAGUACAACCCGAUCCGGAGCAGCUUCGCGUCAAACUCGGGAUGCGCGCCGCUCGCUUCGGCCAGCUGCACUCUGGGCGCGCUGAGAGAACACCAGCCUGCGCCCUAUUCUACAGUUCCGUACAAGUUCUUCUCGGAUCCGUCCGGUCUGAACGAGAAACGGAAGCAGAGGCGGAUCCGCACGACGUUCACGAGCUCUCAGCUGAAAGAGCUCGAGCGGGUGUUCGCGGAGACUCAUUACCCGGAUAUUUACACUCGAGAAGAGCUCGCGCUGAAGAUCGACCUCACAGAGGCCAGAGUACAGGUGUGGUUCCAGAACAGACGGGCCAAAUUCCGUAAACAGGAACGUGCUGCCAACUCUAAAGGAGGAAACGCUGGUAUCACCUCCGGCGCCAAGAAAUCUGGAGAGAACCGCUCUUCAUCAGAGGAUGAUGAGUCUAAAGAGUCCACCUGCAGCCCGACGCCUGACAGUACAGCGUCUCUGCCCAGUUCUGGAAACAUGGGUAGUCCCGGGGCGAGCAGCCUCAGUCCCAGCCCGGUCUCAGGGUCUUCGGCCGCCUUCACCAACACCUCCAUCUCGCCCUCCAUCCAUCAGGGUCUCAAGACCUCGCCUUGGCCCAGCAUCGGCUCCACCGGAGCGGGCGGUCUGACCCCUGGUGCCGCCCCGAGCCCGGACCUGCUGAAAGCCUGGCAGCCUGCGGACAGUAUGGCAUCCGGCCCGUUUGCAGGCGUUCUGUCUUCAUUCCACAGGAAACCGAACACAAUCAAGACCAACCUCUUCUAGAGACUCGCUCUCAAUGUGUAUCUGUCACAACAUUUACUAGUGAAACAAUUUUCUCUCUUAUUUUGCUUAGAGCUGGACUCCUUUUAAUUUAUUGUUAUGUUGGACCUGUGUGUGUGUGUGUGUGUGUGUGUGUGUGUGUGUGUGUGGAUUCUACCGUAUAUAUCAUCAUCUUUUUUUGUGUUUAUCAGGUCUGUUUCCUCCAGAUGUAAUCAGCUGACACACCUGUACAGCAGAGUACUACAGUAAAACCACCAUUAAAGGAAUAUUCCGGGUUCAGUACAAGUUGAGCUCAAUCGACAGCAUGCGUGUCAAUGUUGAUAAACGUAAAAAUUAAUUUCGACUCGUUCCUCCUUUUCUUUAAAUGUGUGUUCCAGUGAGACACUUACAAUGGAAGUCAAUGGGGUCAAUAAUCUGUAAACAUUAAAAUACUCACUGUUUCAAAAGUAUAGACACAAGACAUAAACAAUAUGUGUGUUAACAUGAUUUUACUGUCAUAAAAUCACUUACUAACCACAUCUGUGGAAAGAUAUAGACAAUUUUACACUUGGUUGCCAUGACGACGUAAUGCUGUAAACACUAAAACCCGAAAACGACCACAAAAAAAAAAAAAAUUAUACAACUUUACAGCUGAAAUAAUACAUGAGUUUUAACAGAAGAAUUAAUGUAAGUGCUUUUAUAAAAUUAUAAUCUGACUUUAAACCUUCCAAAGAUUGACCCCAUUGACUUCCAUUGUAAGUGUCUCACUGGAACACACAUUUAAAGAAAAGGAGGAACAAGUCGACAUUCAUUUAUAUGUUUAUCAACAUUAUGACACACAUGCUGUCGAUUGAGCUCAACAUGUGUAGAACCUGAAAUAUUCCUUUAAGAUCAUUUAAUACCAUAGGAGAAACUCUUCACACUAGACAGUUUGUUAAAUCAGAGACAGCCUUAUAAAUGUCAAUCAACAAAACUUGAAUGAAAUUGUCUUUUUUAGCUGACUGGUUUUAUAAUGCAUCUUUAAGAAGUUCUAGAUUCAUUUGAGCAGAAAUGUUCAUCAAUGUAGAGCUUGAGAAAAGCAAAUAAUUGUUUUCAGGAUGUGAUGUUUUCUCAUGAAAACCUUUCAGAGGGACACAAUUAGAAUCCAGUUAUCAGGACCGCAAUCACAGCAGAUACUGACGGAGACACACCACCCCUAAUAUUCACAAUAGUGCUCGAAUCAUAUGCAUCUAACGUUUCCUUUUCAGCUGAUAUCUUCAAGCCAAUUUAUUUUAUCCAAUUCCAAAUGGAUAAAACUUGAGUUCUCAAUAGUGGCGUCAGUGUCAGAUGUGUGUGUGUGUAAGUGUGUGACCCGCAAAACAAGCAUAGUUAAGCCACUUGUAGUUAAUUUAUUGAAGGGGAAAUUUUUUUUUUUUGUUGGGGGGGGGGAUUGUCAGAUGAUUUUUUUUUAAGAUAGCCUUUGAAAUAUUUAAACAUGAAAAUAUUUUGUCAAUAUUAAUAUAAAUAUGCUGUAGUUUCUUUUUUUAAUGGUUACCUGGCUCCAAUGCACGCCAUGUUGUUUCAUGAAUAAUUCUGCUGAAUAUAAUCCACAAAAUUAAAAUAAAGAUCAACAAAAUGAUCACAGAGCAGUCUCAGAACCCCAGACAUAUGAAAGCACAGAAUAUUCCAGCAUUGGUUGCCUUUGGAAAUUCUUGCCAAAGUGACAAUUUGUGUUUGUGUGUUUUUACAUUUUGACUGGAAAGACAUUUGUCAAAAAUACUCAGAAAUGUCAAGUUAGAUCCAGCAGCAUUUGAGACUAUAUCACAUGACUUCAGAAGACUUGCAGUAUGACUCAAGAUCACACUUGAUUUCAUUUUUUUAUCUAAUGCAAUGACAUUCUGACUUUUGGGGUUAUUUCACAAACAAGAUUAAAAGGGAUAAUUUACUGAUUAUCUAUAUAGCUCAUACAGAAUAUGACGUUUCAGUUCAAAUGCUGUUCUUACAUUUCAAGCAAAGACA